AGUGAACGCGACACUGGCAUCACACUGCCAGGCUGCGCUGUGGCUGGGUGACUUUCCCAAACCCGACAGCGGCUUUCUCAUUUUUGUGCAGGUGUUUAAGGACCAACAGUAGGAUUAACUUCUCCUACAGGCGUUAUAUCUUCACAAGACAUGUUCUUUCAGGCAGUUGGGAGAAGUCGUACCGCUUUGGGUACGUUUGUUGGGCAAUGGCGGAGAUAUGCCCUGAACACAGCAAGCAGGAGGCAGCUAUGCAGUAAACCAUCUGUGCCGGCACAUACACAGCGAUCUGGGUUCAAACUGCCAGGCUACCGGCCAUCAGAGAUGGACAAGAGGAUUCUUGUCUGGUCUGGACGCUUCAAAACCAAAGAACAGAUCCCAGAGCAAGUGUCAUUUGAGAUGAUCGACGCAGCCAGGAAUAAAGUCCGUGUUAAGGCCUGUUACGUCAUGAUAGCCUUGACCCUCAUCGCCUGCCUUUGGAUGGUCAUCCUCGGAAAAGAUGCCGCAAGCCGCAAUGAUAGCCUGACCACUAGGAACAUGGAGAAAAAAGCCCAGUGGAGAGAGGAGGCACAGCGUGCGCGGGCUGAGGCCGCUCUCGACGAGAAACCGCAGUGAGGGUCCUUUGUCUGACAGUUAGAGCACCAGCCUCCCCUGGGACUCCUAAAAAAUUUUCAUUGAAAAAGUCACUUUAGUGCACACAUUAUAGUAUAUACAGUGUGCUAUUGAGUGUUGCUGGCCUCACGUGGGUCUCUGCUACUAUUGAAAUGUUCCUCUUCUGAGCUGUUCAUCGUGAGCGUGGAGCAGCUGCUAGAGAUAGAGGCUUUUCCUUUGUGAGACUUUGUUUAUAUACAGAAAUGUUUGACUUUUUAAAUGUAUUAAAUGAAUCGUCCUAUA